AUGGGCUGUUCAGCUAGUUAAUUAGAAAUGGUUGGAGCUCCAGGAAGUCUAUAAGAUGAAAGGCCAUGGUUAAAAAUAAAUAUACCUUUGGUAAAUGCAAAAGUUAGUUCGCAUCAUCAUGUCUUUCCAUUGCAGGAAAUAAGAGACUCAGGCUGGAGAUGCAGCGGAAGGGAGUCAUUUCCUAUGGGAUGUCUAGGCGGAAUCAAUGAUUUUCAUAUAUCUAGUUAAAUGCCAGGUUAUAAAUGCUCUGACUACGAAAAAUGUGACUUCGAUUUUUGUAAGUAUUGUAUGAUGUACUCAUAUCACAUCGAUAAUACAACGGCUAAACUUACUGGAAGAUGGACUGGGUAUGUUGAAAUGGAUGGAGUCUAGAAAUAACUAACUAUCCCUAAGUUUGUAAUGAAUGAAGGAAUUAUCAAGGGAUAAGGAAUAGAUGAGAUAGGAGAAUAUGAUAUAAAUGGAAUAUAUAAAGAAUUAGACUGCAAAUUCAAUAAAAUAGGAGCUGAUAAAAAAUUAGAAAGAUACUUCGGUACUUUGAAAAUAGUAAAUAACGAGAGAAAGAUCAUAGGAAACUAUUUGGUAGAUGAUAAAAAAGGCAAAUUUGAGUUGAAAGAAUAAUCAAAGUUCUCAAAACAGAUAUGA